AGAGUACGUCGUACGUGACGUGACGCCAUCAGCAAACAUGGCGGACAGGAAAAACACAAACAUGGAAGUCGAUAAAGAAAAUAACGAACCUUUAGCAAACAAAGUUGACUCACUUCAAGACGAUGUCAUCCAGAAAGAUGGACACAAGAACAGUUUCAAAGGGAAGAAAAACGCCGUCCAGAGCCGUGCCACAGCGGAAUACUGCGAACAACUGCAGGCGUGGAUGUGGCAAUACUACACAGGAUAUGUGAACUGGCAGGGCUGGAUGGCAGCGUCAGCCAUGUCCUGUCCAUAUUAUUUACAGUCAUCUAGUGGGGCACCGACGGCAGCUUUUGAUAUUAACACUCCAAACUGGUAUAACAGCCCGUUUGCCUUUCCAUUAUCGUCUUACCCACCCGCCGUAAACUCUCCGAACAGCCGGCUAGGCGAGGCAGCAGGCGGGGCUGCAGUGACCGCUCAGCCGCCGCCGCAGCAGCAGCAGCCGCAGGAGAACGGAAACGCUCAAAGACCAGGUACGGUUCUGUUCGUUUGAGACUAUGAAAAAACUCUGGAGGUCGUUUAAAUGCAACGGACGGUCUUGCUUCACAUUGGUUAAAAUGUACUUCAUACUGUUCCUUGAUGUGGUCAACUACACUCAGUAUUUGACCACAACAUCUUUGCUCCCUGAGCAAGAUCUUCAGUUACAUGUCAACAAAUGCUGAAUAACUCGCAUCAUUAAACCAUCAAAAGUCCCAAUACCAAAAGAUGAUUCAGAAGUUCUUAUUCGUGGCUUCAGAUUUAGCUGUUAUGGGGAAGGUUAAAAAACAAAAUGAGAUCCUGAUAACCCACUAGGGGAGAGUGGGGUAAGUUGAGCCAAAGGGUAAGUUGAGCCACCCCCUGUUGCUUGGAAAUGGUAAAAGAGAUUGAUCAUGUGACCAAAUAUUUAGGAGAUGGGCAUGAAUUCAUGGAGUCUGUGAAGGUUAGAAGCACAUAGGUGAAGGGGUUAGACAUUUAUUUAAAAAAACAAAAACAUUUUUCACUCUUGAAAGUGAAUUUAGUCUGUCAUAAAUUUUAUUAGAAUUGUGUUCAGACCCAAAAAAGAUCAUCUUAAAUGUGUUUUAUACAUCAGUUGUGUUAUCUAUGAGCUACAACAUGAGGUCAAAAACCUAGCAAAACAGUCCACCACCUCCUAUGGUCAACUUACCCCAUACACGGGGUAAGUUGACCAUAGGAGACUUUUUUUUUUUGGCAUGCUAUAUUAUCAAGACACUUACGUUUACACUCAUUCUGUUGGUUUGCAGGGAUGAACAACAUCUUGAAAUAUAUGCAGAUACACAAGUUAGAGACAAAACUAUGAUUACCUUGAUGUAGUGAUCCAAAAUAUAAAAAAUGGCUCAUCUCACCCCACUCUCCCCUACACCUAAACUUGUCAGAUCUUUCAUAAUAACAAUAAAAUGCACUUUAUUUAUCCCUGACAUGCAAUAGGGUCUACUGAAUUCUUAAAUCACAGUUUCAGAUUCAUAAGACCUUAAUCCCAUUAAUGUAAAAACUGGGGGUCUUAAUCCACAUCCACAGAAUGCAGACUUUUGAGACCUGGACACGUCAUUAUAGAGAGGUUAUAGACUCUUUAAUACACUGUUUUGGAAACCUUAAAUCGAUUUUUGGAAAUGUAUUUUAAAAAAGAUGCACUGCUUUCUUCACCUCAUCUGAAACUGGGUUUGAAAGAGUCUGUGGACUGUCUGGUCAAGAUCUGAGAAGUACAGGUAUAGUGGUUUUGGCUCAGGACCUGGUCUCCAAAAAUUUCCCUGUAAUAAGUUGAAGGUGCUAACUUCAGCAUCACCAUUGCUGAUAAAACAGGUUUCAUCACAAAACUUGGGAGAUGCUGAGACAGGCACCAUGAGAAAUGAGGAGGGCCAACAUUAGCUGACGAGAUGUCUUGUAAUUAAAUCUCAAGAAACCUGACCCAGGUUUAGGAUUUACCUUCAUUACUGAGCUGCAAGAUUUAAUUGCAAAGUUGGCAGCUUAUUAAAGGAUGAGUUUUUCAAUCAAUAAUCUGUUUUUUUAUUUGUCUAAACAAAAAGAGCCCAGCUUCUUAAACGAAAUGACUCCAGUACUUGUGCAGAUUUGAUUGACAUAAACUGAUUAUCUUUUCACUGUGAUUAAAACAAAAAAAAACAACAACAGAAAUUUUUUUUUGUGUUUGUUAAAUACCACAUUAGACUGUCUGACCACUCUCAGUGGGGUCUGAAAUCUGAAGGCUUAUCACCCAACAGUUGUACAGCUCUUGAGUCUUUCAUUAAAUGUCUUUCUGAGUUCAUGGGUAAAGUCUUCCCUGCAGGGUGGAGACUAACAGCAUGUUAUCUGCCUACGGCGAUGGAGUAACAUGUUCAUGGACCAAAGGUGGGUUUCAUUUGAACCCUGCUUUUAUGCUUAUUUUCACCAGGUCGGGAGUAUAGUAUCCCCUCACCCCUACAAAGACUCCUGGCUGAGAUGGUGGACUUCUUCAUUUUGUUUUUCAUCAAAGCGACCAUAAUCAUCAGUAUUAUGCACCUCAGUGGAAUUAAGUGAGUUCCUUUUAUUUCUGUAAAUAGUGGUGCUUUUAAUUUGAUACAAUUACUUGACCUAACUGAAUGACUCUUCUCUCCAUUCAAAAUCUUUCAUUUUCUAGAGAUGUCUCAAAGUUUGCUAUGCAUUUCAUCGUGGAGGAAAUAGAUGAAGACACAUCUAUGGAGGAGCUACAGAAAAUGAUGCUCGUUGCGCUUGUGUAUCGGAUAUUAGUGUGUUUUUAUGAGGUAAGCAAAUAAAGGUUUAGGCAAACUGUAUUAUCCAGAAACAGUGGUUAUUAUUCUUAACUGUGUAACUUUAAAGGGACAUUCCAGCGUAAAAUCAAGUUAGGGUCAAACACAUCGUAACACCGAGUUAGACAUCCCAUUUUAUAGCCACAAAUAAUGCUCAGAACAGCACCUACUGUAACUGGAAGAGAGUGGGUGAGUUGUGUUUAGUCUCUUUGCAAAAGAAAUUAGGCAAAGCUAAAAAGAUGUAUGGUGGCUAGUACUAUGGCUGGGACCCUAUAUGUCCUGUUGAUGAAGUUAGGAGCUGUUCUGAGCGUUAUUUGUGGCUAUAGAGUGGCGUUUUGGUUGAGUGCGUGGCUCUCUGUAUUGCUAUCUGCAGUCAUUACUUAAGUUGGUAUAACUAGAGAAGCAAGUGGUCGGCAACAUUCCUCUUUCGAUGGGGUGUCUAACUCUGUGUUAUGAUGUGUUUGACCCUAACUUAAUUUUAUGCCGGAAUAUCCCUUUAACUUGUUGGAAAAGCUUCUGCAGUUGUUCAUUAGCGUCUACUCUGUUCUCCUCUCAGAUUGUUUGCAUUUGGGGAGCAGGAGGAGCCACUCCGGGGAAAUUUCUAGUAGGACUGAGAGUUGUUACAUGUGACUCGUCAGUUCUGGUUCAGCCGAACAGGGUGCUUGUAAUGCCAGCAACCAAUGUCUCUCUGUCUGCGUAAGUAGUUGGUUCAUAGGUUAUCUUGAAGUAUUUUAAUCUUGAAAUUUGUGAGCGUUACCUGUAUUUAAACCCCUGUCCAUGUCUGUCUCCACAGAUCCACUGUCCGAGCCUUAAACAAGAACUUUUCUAUUGCCUUCUUUUUCCCGGCCUUCAUCACUCUUCUGUUCUUCCAGCACAACAGGACUGUGUAUGACAUGGUCGCUGGCACAAUUGUUGUCAAGCGCUCCAGAACCAGAUGACGCAAAAGAGUAAAGAGAGUCCUAAACAUAUUCUGCACAGGCACUGUAAAAUGUUUGCUUUGAAAGAAAUGCCUGCAGAACUCAGACAAAGUAUUGUAAGAACACAGAGGAGGUUCAGAUACACAGAAGAAUGACCUUUUUCAGUUCUUGACAACUUGGGGUUUGAUUUGCCUCGGACACACUUUGUUUCUGCAUGUAUGUCUACAUGCUGCAUUUAGAAUUUGUUCCAGUGCCGCGUUGACGUCCUCUUUUGGAGACAGAGAGAGCGACAGUGUUUUGAACUGUUUCACGGACACAGAACUCUUUUUGCCUGUUUUUUUAAUCAACUUAAAAAUUAAGGGCAAAAGUGAUAAAUCGCCGAGUAUUUAAGUCACAAAUCAUGUAUUCAUGAGAUUAUACCUUUAGUAUCUCUUUGUAUUAAAAGAAGUGUUGUUGUUUCUCAGGCUGUCAUUUUGAGCUUUUGUUGCUUUUCAUCAUGGCAGAGUUAAUGAGCUUCAGCUGCUGUCACUUUUUUUUCCUGAAGGACAUUCACAUGUACUGAUUGGAAAUGUAAGCCUGGUAUUCUGAGCGCAGCAUGUGUGCGAUGAAAACUGUACUACACAUUUUAUGUGAUAAACAUUUUUUGCAUUUCAGAGGAUUAAAUGAAACCACUAAUUCCCUGCAUGUUGAAAAUGUUUUGAUGUUGUGUAUUUUAGCAGUUUGGCUGAAUAGGAAGUUUGAAGCAAAACAGGUGCAGCUAAUCAGACUGAUGAUUGCAGGCAACCGCAUAAAAGCUGGCAGAGCACUGUUUUCACUGGGCUGCCCUGUGGAUGAAACACUCUGAACUGUCCCCUAUUAUGUUUUCAGACUUCACUAAUGUAGCAGUACAGUAGCUGUUUGAAUAAGGAGUGCAAAUUUCAAGUUCAUAAAGUACAUUUCAUUCCAUUCAUAUGAUUCCCAAAUCAAGACCUGAGUUAAGAACGGCUUUACCUUGUUUAAAAUUGGCUUGAAAACAUUUUGAAAUGCAAAAACAAUGAAGUUUUGUGAUUAAAAAUGUGAUUAACUGUUAAAAGUCAGCGAUAAAAAAAUGAAUUGUCUGACAUCCUUAUAUUGUAAAUAUCUUUUGUUUUUGUUUUUUCGUCAAGGCUAUCAUUUAAAACUCAAAAGUGAAAGUACAUCGCUUUAAUCAUGGCUAAACGUGAAACAAGUGGAAAAUCAUACACUGUUUUUUUUUUUAAAAAAGCUGCUCUUCUCUGAAAUGUCAAAAAAAGGUUAACAUGUUUUCUCAAAGGUUCUGAGAGGCUUCAUAGAAGAUUGUCGUGCCUUCCCUAAUCAAGAGGCUGUGAUGGUUGAAACCUGAAUGUUCUCCUUUAUUCUGCCUCACUAUCCAGCUCAAUGUGAACACACACAGUAUUUUAAAUAUUUGGUCAUAUUAUACAUGUUUUUUCAUGUUAUAACACUGAAUAAUUAUUCACACUCAGUAGAUCAGACUCUGUAACAUUUUCUGCAUGAAAUGACAGAUGUGACAUCUUUUUGUAGUAAAUAAUUCCAGCAGGGCAAUGUACUGCCAAAACUUGGUGAUGUUUUUCCUUAGAUGUCUCCAAAGAAGACUAUUUCUGUGUGUUUUCAAGUUAGAUAUGUCAAAUAUAUUAUAACAUUUGUAACUUAUUAGCAAGUACACUGAUUUCACUUUUUGCUCUCUUUCCUCUCACUGUUCAGUCCUGAUUUGCUCUGUUUUGAGAAGUGGAGUUUGGCUCCACCUGGUGUUGGUUAGUCAAACAGCGAAAACUCAUGAUGAGGUGAUGCAUCACAGAGAAUAAACCCACAGCAAGGUUAACUAACAAUAUUUUCCCCAAAUCUCUUAGACAUCAUCAAAUAAAGACAGAAAAUGGGUUAUAGAAAAAUGUAAAUCAUUUUCUCCUACUUUCAGGCAUGAAUGAAUUCAUUUGGUUUAAGACAUUUCAGACUUUUUUUUAGCACAUCACAUAAACCUGCCCCUAUCGUUUGAGUGUCCUGACAGGGUGACUGUACUUGGCUGGCUAAGUGGCAGCUUCAGCUGACGGCCCCAGAUGGUGCUUCUGGAUAACACAUGCACAUGCUGGUGCCAUGCACUGUGCCAUUACUGUAGGCACCAGAUUAAUAUCACUAUUGGUGUGCUGAGGAGCUGGAAAGUGUGGGCAGACACUACCCACCACCAUUAUGACUGCACUGUAUACUGAUGAGCAAGAGUAGCCAUAUUUGGAGUUUGUAAUCUAUUUUUGUAUCUCCGGGCUUGGGCUCACAUUCACCGAAGAUGUGCAGGUGGGACUCUAGAAAAGCUCAAGGGUGCAAUUAUUAGCACAAUUUAUGACGCUCUUUUGUGAAACACUUCACUCAGGCACUCCUUAAAGCAGAAAAUGCAUCAGAAGUAGCUCUCACUUGUUACAAUAAAACACUUCUGAUUGAUGCAAACCA